GGCACUGGUGGGCACAGGUGGGUGGGCACAGGUGGGUGGCACUGCUGGUCACAGGUAGAUGGCACUUCUGGGCACAGGUGUGUGACACUGCAGAGUGGCACAGGUGGGUGCACUGCUGGGCACAGGUGGGUGAUCCGCUGGGCACAGGUGGGUGCUCUGCUGGGCACAGGUGGGCGGAACUUGUGGGUGGCACUGCUGGGCACCGAUCAUCAGGGCACUGAUCAUCAGUGCCCUGAUGAUCGGUGCCGAUCCCUGCUCUGACAACUGCCGGUUCUCGGCAGUACUUUCCUCACGAUCUGACAGCGUGAGGAAAGUGUAGCCGAGAACCGGCAAUUGUAU